AUGGAUUUUGACUGGUCAACCCCCUUCCCGGAAGGUGUCAUAUCCUUCCUCGACACCGAUUUAUACAAAUUGACAAUGCAAUGCGCUGUCUUCAAAUAUUACACUGACAUACCUGUCACAUAUGCAUUUACCAACCGUACUCCGGAGAAGAAAUUGUCACGCAAGGCCUUCUCUUGGCUUUGCGAACAAAUUAGCAAGCUUGGCAAUAUCUCACUUUCGGAUGACGAACUCCAUUUCUUGCAGACCCAUUGCAAAUAUCUUUCGGCUCCGUACCUAGACUUUUUGAAGGAAUUCCGGCUCAAGCCCCGCGAGCAACUAAAUCCGACUUUCCACCCCGUGGGGGCGGAUACGGGGGCGGAAGACGAACUAGGCGACAUCCACAUUGAGAUUAAGGGCAAGUGGGUUGACACGAUACUAUAUGAGAUCCCACUUCUUGCUCUGACGUCUGAGGCGUACUUCAAGUUCAUGGACACGGACUGGAAUUACGAUGGCCAAGAGGAGAAGGCGUAUGACAAGGGUAUGCGCCUCCUCGAAGCAGGAUGCAUCCUCUCCGAAUUCGGAACCCGUAGACGGAGAGAUUAUCACACCCAAGCAUUAGUCUUUAGAGGUCUCGUGAAAGCUAGCAAAGAGGCACAGAAGCGCGGUUUCUCGGGAAAGCUCUCAGGAACUAGUAACGUCCACCUAGCUAUGCGAUUCAACCUACCGCCUAUCGGAACUGUUGCGCACGAGUGGUUUAUGGGCAUCGCAGCUAUCACGAAUGAUUACCAAAUAGCAACAGAAGAGGCGCUACGCCGAUGGGUUGGAUGCUUUGGCGAGGGCGUAUUGGGAAUCGCAUUGACAGACACAUUUGGCACUCCAGAAUUUUUAAAGGCUUUUAGUAAACCUGUCAGAUAUCUUCCGGAUACUCCGAAUAUUCCUGUCCUAGAUGAGGGUACCCAAUCUACAACCUCGCCCCGGAGCUAUGCCGAUAUAUACGGUGGAGUACGGCAGGAUUCUGGCAACCCUCCGGAUUUCGUCAAGCUGAUGCGUAAUUUCUACGAGAGUCAGGGCAUCAAGGAUAAGAAGACAAUCGUGUUCUCUGACUCGUUGGAUAUCGAUAAGUGUAUCGAGUACAAGCGGAUAUCCGAAGAAUAUGGCUUCCAGCCAACAUUUGGUGUCGGCACGUUCUUGACAAACGACUUUGUUCAUCUCAGCACGGGAAAGAAAUCAGUACCCCUAAAUAUCGUUAUAAAGCUGAGUUCGGCUGCCGGAAACCCGGCGAUUAAGAUCAGUGACAACAUUGGGAAGAAUACAGGCGAUUCAGCCAAGGUGGCGGAAGUUAAGCAGUUGCUGGGCUACGUAGAGAAGGACUGGGCGGGCGGAGACGAGACGUCAAGAUGGGGAAAGGCUGAUGACAUCACAAAGCCAUGA